AUGAAAUCAAAUACACUUUUUUCUGUCUUGACUCUUUCCGCAGUCGCUACAACUGUCGUUCUUGGUGCCCCUCAAGAUGCCUCUCGCAUCAGCGCCCAGCACGCUUCUCAUUCGGAUCUCCCCCAUAUUUCUCGCUCCGACUUCCCAACUGAUUUCCCCUCGGGAACUCCUCCCUCAGGAACACCUCCAUCUGGAGGCCCCCGCGGUGGCCCCAGACCAACUGGCACGCCAACAGGUACCCCUCCAGCUCAUCCCACUGACACGCAGAGCGCUGGCGCUUUGAAUGCUCGUGCUGAGGUUCCUACAGGUACCCCUCCCUCAGGUGCUCCCACUGGCACCCCGCCAUCCGGAACUCCACCUUCAGGUUCCCCUACCGGUCCUCAUCCUUCAGGCCCACCACCCUCUGGUAUUCCGCCAUCUGGAACUCCUCCCUCAGGAACUCCCCCAGGUCCUCGUCCAACUGGAACUGAAGCACCUGCCUCUUUGAAUGCCCGUGACAGCAUUCAAACCGGUACUCCGCCAUCAGGAACCCCUCCCACUGACCGUCCCACCGGCACUCCUCCAUCUGGUACUCCUCCUUCAGGUCAUCCCACAGGUGCCCGUCCCACUGGCGCUCCUCCUUCUGGUACUCCUCCUUCUGGAACUCCCCCAGGUCCUCGUCCAACUGGAACUGAAGCUCCAGUUUCAUUGAACGCCCGUGAUACUAUUCCAACCGGUAUUCCACCAUCUGGCGCCCCAACUGGUGUUCCUCCUUCUGGAACUCCUCCAUCAGGCACACCUCCUUCAGGUCAUCCCACAGGUGCCCGUCCCACUGGACCUCCUCCUUCUGGUACUCCUCCAUCCGGAACCCCUCCUCCUCGUCCAACUGGAACUGAAGCUCCAGCUUCAUUAAAUGCCCGUGACAGCAUUCCAACCGGUACUCCGCCAUCAGGAACCCCUCCCACUGACCGUCCCACCGGCACUCCUCCAUCUGGUACUCCUCCAUCUGGUACUCCUCCUUCAGGUCAUCCCACCGGUACCCGUCCCACUGGUGCUCCUCCUUCCGGUACUCCUCCUUCUAGAACUCCUCCUUCUGGAACCCCUCCUCCUCGUCCAACUGGAACUGAAGCUCCAGUUUCAUUGAACGCCCGUGAUACUAUUCCAACCGGUACCCCUCCAUCUGAUGCUCCCACUGAUCGUCCCACUGGCACUCCUCCAUCUGGUACUCCUCCUUCAGGUCGUCCAACUGGUGCCCGUCCCACUGGUGCUCCUCCUUCUGGUGCUCCUCCUUCCGGGACUCCUCCAUCGGGUCCUCGUCCCACCAGUCUCCAAACUGUCUACACGUCUUUUGCUUAA